UCAGUCCCGUGGCAGGGUCCAGAGGCGAGGCGGGGGAAAGCCAGCUGACCCGCGGACGGGGCGAGUUGCGCAACUGCGGCCAGUCCCUUCCGGUCCGUGGCGGAGGUGAUAUAAGCCCCGGGUCCCAGGGCGGCGCCAGCUAGCGGGUCGCCGGACUGCGGCGGACAUGCGGCGCCAUGAGGGUUGGCAGGCCUGCGCGCUGCUGGCGGUGGCGUGUCUGGUGUUCCUCGGUCCUUGGCAAGCGGAGGCGACUCUGGACAAGCUGGAAAACUUGCCCAGCAUCUCGUCCUUCCUACCUUCCAUAGAUAAGAGCACGGUGGCGAGGUUCUUGCUGCGCGCGACUCUGUGGAAGCUGCAGAGGAAGCUGUUCUCCGGCAGCCAGCGAGGGGGCCCGGAGUUCCACUACCACCACCACGCCCACAAGCACUACCACCACUACCACAAUGGCGCACCCACCUCGUCCACACAGGCGCCCGUCCCCGUCGCCACCAGCGACAGUGCUACCACCACCACCACCCCCGAGGAGCCGGUCCUGGGAUGGGCGGGCCUGCUGGUGCCCACCCACUGGGGCGACUCUUGACCAUAGACUCACGAUAGUGUAAUUUGACUCCGGUCUUCUGCGCAUGGUCCUAACAUUGACUUCAUAUUUGCUAGUACAACUGUCAAAAUCUGCGGACAUAAUCAAUAGUGAUUUAUGUGUUUGUUUACGAAUGUUUCUCCUGAUGUUCUUAUUAGGUAUGAAGUAAUACAUACGUUUAAAAAAAUUCGAGGUGCAUACGUUAGAAGGUGAUAUAACACAGUUAGACAAGCACAAGUCACCAUGCCAUGUAUGCUGGCACUAAACUGGUAAAGCACUAGAGGGUUGUACGUGCAGUAGAUAAGACAGAAAGAGACAGAAGGACAGAACACCAAUAAUUGUAGAAAAUAUUUUAUUUGACGAUUUUUAACGACAUAAUUCUCACAUUACAACUGCUUCAAAUUGUGGCCGCCAAGAGUCAUGUAAGUUUCACACCAUCGAUGUAGUGACCACCACACAUUGGGCAUAUCUGCUAUGGUAUCAUCAGCAACAGAAAUUCAAGUGACAAGAUCUUGAUCUGAAUCGAUGGGAUGUAUGAGGCUCUUCAUAUGACCCGAGAGGAAAAUGAUGAAAUAUGAGAGAUCGGGUGAACACCGGUUGAGUUCCAAGUGUCUUGGGCUUGUCUAGUUGCGCUCUCUCAGACCAUAUGUAUGUACCACGAAUUUCGGAGGACAUUGCCUACACGCUGAAUACUGAUGCACGACGACGGUCAUAGUUGCCUACAUGUGUCAACAACAUUUGUCUACUGACUUCACUACAGAUUAUGAAAGGUGAACGAAUUUUCCAGCAAAUGAUAUGGCUGGUGAAGAAUAGUCUAGAGCAUCUUGACUCAACUUUAUGCCGUGCCGUUCUGCUACGCAAUGAUGGUGAAAGUGUGUUGAUCCAGGGUGCCAACUAUCGGGUAUUUUAACUGGGUGCUAGUUCACAGAACACGAGACUCUCCCGAGGUCGUAAUGUAGCCAUGUGUCGAGCAGGCGAAGGGCAAAAACACAGGCCAAAUAACCCAGUGUGUCUAGCCCUCCAGGAGGCUCUGCUACAGAUGAUUGACAGAAGAUUCACUGAUAAUGUAUUACUUAUUGUGGUGCACUAAAUUUAUACUAUUACUGUUGCACAUGUGGCCUGCUUCAAUCAGAACCAAGGCUCAUCGUUAUGCGGUUAUCAGCAAGCGGAUACGGACGCACUUUCGUUGUACGGGGUCGACAUGGUUGAGUGAUGGCUCGUUGCACUUUUUGUGACUGUACGCCCUUAUAGGAGGGGCAUGGUACCACGUUUAACAGUUGACUGUCAAUGUGCCCGGAGGCUGAAAUUAACUGAUGGUAAUGUGGGCUGAAUUGCUACAGGUGCUCUCUGGCCGACCACAAUGUUCACUCAUGCUAUAUUUAAACAAUAAACACUAAACGCCUUGAGGCAGGGUCUAAGUUGAAGUCACAUGAGCGGUAGUGUUACGGGUGGUUAUAACCGACCCGGUUAAUUACGACAAAGUUCUUAUGCUGGUUGUCCUUAGACAACAAACCCCUUAAGGGUAAAGGGGCGAUUGACCAGCAUGGCCACAAUUAAGUUAGAUGAUGUCUGAGUCACGACACAUGCCCGAACAAAGCUAUUUUAAAGUAAAUGCUUAUUUAACAAACCUUAUUUAAAGUUAAGUAAGCGGCCAAUGCUUUAAACCCGCCUGGUGACUAGCUGCGGAGCCUUGAACAAGGUUAGGUUUAUUGAAGUAUUGCAGUGAUGGUCAGUGAAUUAACAAAGGGUAAUGGGCCUUGCUAUGUUACACAUGUCUAGUCGUUCUGCUUACUAGCACUAGCAGAUCCAAAGGGGAAGCCAUAGUGGCAUGUUCCCUCCCUGAACCUUGAAUAUUUUUUUAAAUUUUCUUCUAAUUCCUUAAUCAGAGUAUACCAAAAGUACUUAAGUAUUAUUUUACUGCAGUGCUAUAUAUGACAGUACAUUUUUGAACCACAAAUAAAAUGUACUAAAUAUAUUAAAUUCUAAUGUUUCUAAAAUUGUAUUAGAAUUUUUAAUUUGGGCCUCCCUUGACCAUCAUUCUGGAUCCUGGUUCUGGAUCUUGGUUCUGCAGAUGGUGGAACUGGAUGAGCCACUGGUCGCGCGUGACUACCAGGGACUCGUUUUGCGGACAAUCACAUAUUAAACAGGAGGUUGUUUGAGACCAUGUUGUGAAAGGGAUUUUAAUGACUGAUUAAAUUCUCUAUAAUUG